GAAAACUUACUCUAACGUGAGUGGUGUUUACCAGCAUAUUUAUCCUACCACUUACAAUAUAUAUAUACCGUUUUACAUGUUAAAUAAUUUGAAAUAAUCAUUUUAUCGAAGUAUUUUACGGAAAAAUACAGAUUGAAAGCAUGAUUUAACCUAUUUCAAAUAUACUAUAAAAUAAUGAAACCAACAAAGUAAUAAUGAAGUGACAAUACUGAAACAGAAUUUGAUUUACAAGAAGAAAUUAAUAUUUUAAAAGUAGCAAAUGAAAGUAACAAAACAGAACUAACAACGAAAUUAUAUUCGAUCAUUGUAUGCUAAAAUGAUAAUAUUACGGCACAAUAUAAAUGGAACUUAUAAAUCGUUGCAGAAUUUAUUGUUAAUAGAUAAAUUUGGACACAAUGCAAUAUAUACAUACUGUACUUCGAUCAUUGCAAAGAAGUUAAAGAAAAUGUGUGCAAUUUCAGUAAGACCUUGUAUUAAGAAGCCAGAGAUUCCAGAAACAACAUUAGGAUUACAUGUUGGGCCUACCUUGAUAAGUUGGGCAUUAAUAGAUUGCAACUUGAAAGUGUUACAUUGGGACUGGAAACAGUACAAUUUGAAUUGUAGAGAUAAGAUGUAUAACUUGAUCUCAGUGGUGACAUCUGUGGUUGCAAAAAUACCCAAUUCUAGUGUUUAUGUAAUAGAAGAUUUUCAGUUUAUGAAGACAAAACAUCAAAAAAUAUUAAGUAUUCAAGAACAGUUAUCCACUUCUAUCAUGGCUUGUCUAACAUUAAGAGAUGGAAAAUACAAUACAAAGAACAUAUACGUAUUUAGACCCCAAACAACAGGACGAAUUUUUAAAUUAAUGAUUGGCGGUGAAAGCAUAUGUUCAAAAUAUAUUGUGAAUAUAACAGCAACAGACAGUGUUAUUAAGUUUAAUAACACGAAAUCAAUAAAUAUAAAUAUAGACAGUGAUACGAAAGAAAUGUAUAUACAGAUGAACAAUGCUGAUCAAGAACAAAUGAGGUUGUCUUUGUUGAAGGCCAUGUCAUUUAUAAUUCUAGUUAUAUAUCGAAAUAAUUUAAAUAUACCAUCCUAGAAAAAAUUACAAUAAGUGUUCAUAAUUUCGUAAAGGCAAUACCAAAGCCAAAGAAAACGAUUCUAUUAGAAAUUC